AUGAGCCAGGAGCCGGUUUCGGGCUUCGCUGCGGAGUGUGGGCGCGCGACGGUCGGGCCGACCGACGAUAAUGCAGGUGCUCAGUUCCACAAAAUGUUCGGCCGUGUGCUGUGCAGCCCGUCGAUUUAUUCGAAUCCCGAGGACUUCAGAGGCGACGCCCAGGGCCUGAAGAUCUUUGUUCACUCGAUGCCGGCUGGCCUGACCUCAGACCGACUGGUCAUCGCGAACUUGGUCCGCUUGGCGCACAACUACUCUUGUGACCCAGGGCUUUUCCUCUGCAAGGAGCCUCAUUGGUCCGGUGCAUGGUCUGCCUGGCGCCAGCAUAUGGGAGACUGGGCCCACACACAGAAGUGGGGGUAG